AUGACGGGUAAUUUAAUGACGACCUCAAGAACGACGACACAAACAACAUCACAAAAAGCUAGAAGACGGUUUCCUUUACAUACCAUUUUGCGCUCGAUGGUUGAUAUAAGCUUGCUGUUAGAUCCGACCUUUGUAUUGAUUGCAAUCACCGCUUUUUUGACACUUUAUUGUCUCUUUGUCCCGUUUAUUUUCCUUGGCAAACAGGCAAUUAAAGUAGGUGCGACUUCAAACCAACAAUCGUAUUUGCUAUUUCUUAUAGGGCUUGUGAAUAUCUUUGGGCGAAUAUUGUGCGGGCUAAUAUCCGAUUUACCAAAAGUAGAUCCAUUAUUUGUUCAUAAUCUGGGUGUAAUCAGUGGUGGUAUAGCAACUUGCAUCGUACCAUUACUAACACAAUAUUGGAUGUAUAUGGUAUAUACAAUACCGUUUGCAUGGAGUGUUGCAUGUUUCUCAUCACUUCGUCCCAUUAUUUGUAUUGAAUUACUCGGUUUGGAAAAGCUUUCUAAUGCUUUUGGGAUGAUGAUGCUCUGUAUGGGUAUUGCUGUUUUAAUUGGUCCACCACUUGCUGCACUCUUUAAAGAUCUGAGUGGAAAUUUCGAUCUAUCAUUUUAUGUGAUGGGUGCACUGCUAACACUGAGCGGAGUGCUUUGUAUACCACUUCGAAGAAUCAAGUCCCGAACAUCAAAACCAGGGUCUUCGAAAAAUGCUAGACAAUCUGAACUGCAAUGGACGGAUGGGACAAAACAGUUUUAA